UAUAUCCCAGUAUUACCUUAAUGGAUGAGUAACGUUAAAAUCGUAAACAUUUUUACUUCCUAAAUAAAUACACGUUAUUUUAUUAAAUACACACUUGACAUGAAUGGAGAAGAAAUAAUUAUAAUUUUCACACAAUCCAAAUUAAUGGCCGACUGCUGGUCACCCACGGUAACAAUUGACAUUGUAAUUUAUAACUAUUUCCGAACGCUUCUUCUCAUAACCCACUUUGUGGUUUUGGCCUAUGUUUUUGUGAAUUAUAAAAUAUGUUUGUGUUGUACUUUUGACUAGUUUAAGUUUAUACAAAGCAUUCUUUGUAGUGAAAUCAUAUAAUGGUGUCAUAUUCCUAUGUGUGUGUUGUGAGCUAAGUUGUUUUUUAAAAUUAAUGGAGUUGAAGGUCUGGGUCGAGGGAAUACAAAGGAUAGUUUGUGGGGUGACGGAAACUACAACCUGUCAGGAUGUAGUUUUUGCUCUGGCACAUGCCACUGGCAAAGUUGGCAGAUUCACAUUGAUAGAACGAUGGAGAAAUAACGAGAGACUGUUAGCUCCACAAGAAUAUCCUUUAAAGAUUCUGAUGAAAUGGGGUGAAUACUCUAAUGAUAUACAAUUUAUACUAAGAAGAUCAGAUAACAGCAGCAACCAAAAACCUAUACAACCUACCGCUAACUCUAGAUCUCCCAUUGGAAAUGGGACUAACACAGAUAAACAAAGCUCACCGAGCCAAGCAAAUACUCCCAUUAAUAAUGUAAAUACCCCCAACCCGGUGGGUGUAGUGAAGGGUGUUCAGCAAAAAUCACCUGACUCUAAUAGUCCAGUACUAAAAGGUGUACCACCUUAUAGGGAUCCCCCGCCCCCGUACCGUUCACCACCACCGCCAGCGCUUCGCAAGUCACCGAACGCUCGUCACAUGUCACCAGUUAAUAACGAGGAGGAACAAAUUCCUGAGGCAGUCAGCUAUAAUAGCCAGUAUCGGGAAUUAGUGUCGCUUGUUAACUAUCAGAGAGAAAAGUUAACCGCACAACAGGUUGACCUUAUCAAGUAUGAUGCUGAAAUAGGUUUCUGGGAGAAUAAAGGAAGAGAACAGGAUCGGCAAGUAGAGUUGUUGCAGCAACAAAUUAGUUCAGCCGAUAACCAACUUAGAUUAAGUGCUGAGCAGGUGCAAGCAUUAAAUUAUGUAGAGGAGGAAAGCGAAAUUGUUAAACAGAAUGAAAAAACACUGAAAUCUGAAAUAGUGUUAGUACGAUCAAAGCUGGCGAAUUGCGAGACUGAACUGUUGCAGUGUAAGAACAAAAUAAGAAAAAUCAUGGAAGAAAUACAUAACGAACAGCGUGUUAUUAAUUCUCGUCAGCAAGAGAACAGACAGGCCUUAGAACGUUCAAUGUUAGCGGAAAUGGAAAACUUACAAACACAAAUUCAACAAGCCAAACAUGCAACUGAAAUUAAUCAUCUAACCGCUGAAAAUUUAAAAAGAGAGGUAGGUGUGUUGGAGAAUGCUAUAAUGGAGAAGAAACGCCAGGUUGAGAGGCUAGUGCAGGAAAUGAAAGAAGCAAAUCUGCAGAGUCUAACGGGCAGUGUCGAUGAACUUAGACAUCCACUUGAUGGUCUAUGUAAAGCGGGAAGUGCGAGGAGAAUAAUAGGUUCACCGAGACAGCUAGAAAAUGCAGCACCGACUAACAAGAAUCCACAUGGUGUUUGGGUUUGAAUGCAAAAAAAAUUUUUUGGUUCAUUAAAUGUACAAUUGACGCUACGGUUUACAAUUAGUUUGAUAGGUUAAAGGAAAAAGAAUAAUAUUCAGAUAUUUUUUUUUUAAGACUAUGAAUAUGUAAUUUACUGCCAUAGAUUUUUGUGUGAAUGUUGUGUUUAUUUAACCGUCAUUUAAUUUAUUAUUAAGUUUUUUUUUUUUUUUCUAAUUUAUUAGAUUGUGUUCAAACUAGUGUCAUAUUUAAUGUUUGUCACAAAAUAAUGUAGGAAUGUUUUUAUAAAAUAUAAGUAUUAUUGUCUUGCCACCUAUUUAGAGAUUUUGUGGCAAAAUUUAUUGUUAAGGGGACAAAGCUAUAGUUGAAUUUCGAUUUAAAAGUUUCAAUCGAAGCAUUUAAUUUUGUCAUUGGGUUAUUUUUUUUACCGUUGCUAUGCAUUUAAAAUUACACUUGCAUUGUAAUGAUUUGGAAUCGCAUAUAUUUGGAUAUUUUUAUUCAGUUUGACAUUUGUGUACAUAAAAAAAAAAUGUGCCAUCGGUGUGUGAAUAUUUUCAAAGUGCAUUAAAAUCUACAUAAUUUUGUAAUACUACUAUACUAUGAUCUUGCAAUAUAGAAGUAAUUUAUUAAUAAUAAUAAUCUAGUCGGAAAUAUAAGCCAUUGUAAUAACUUAUAGACAAUUUCGGUGAUUACGGCCUAAAAAUGUUUCAAAGCAUGAUAUAUUCAGAAUUUUUAUUUAUAGAUUUGUAUUGAUUCAUUGUACUCUGCAUGUUUAAAUAAAUAGACAAUUUCUGUAUGCAUAUACAAUAUAUAUUGAAUUGAAAAAAUGCAGUUGUAAUAUUAUUUAUUUAUUUUCCCGCUUUGUGUGAAAUAAAACACGGUUUUAUUUACAA